UUUUUCAUUGAACAUUUUAAGCCAGGGGAUCUUUUCUGUUUUUCUUCUUAAAAUGGAAUUCUUGGAGUCUGGUGUUUGGGAGAAACCCCGAAGUUCCAUCUCUCAUCCUUGGGCUGUCAAAAAAUUUUUUUAAAAAUUCUUCCCGGCUUCUUGUCACCAUUGGGAUUAUUUUCCAUUUCAUGAUCCUGAAAAAUCAAUGUGGUGUCCUUCUCUAGUUUCAAAACAUAUUGCUGAAAGUCUUCUGUUUAAUUUCCUAGAACUUGGCUUACUCUUCACCCAAGAUUCUCAAAUGAAAAAUUAGGCUGUUCUUUUUCUAAAUUCUGCUUCCAUCUUAUUUAGUUCUUAUUCAAUCAUUCCCAAAGGUUUGAGAUGCUUACAUUUCAUCUUCAUCUGUAAGAUCAUUUCCCUCACCAUCUGUAUUCCUUUGGCAAGGUUAUUUUGUAGGUUCAAGCCAUUUAAGGAGCCAUUGUAAGAAGUGGCUAUAAUCUUAUAAUUGGUGCAGUGACUAAAGAAUGUUAAAAGGGAAGGUUAAUCCGUGGUGGUUUGGUUCACUGGAUUAAAAUUUGUUGAAAAUGCGCUGCUUGUGGUGUUCACAGCUACCAUUUCUUCUAAUAAUUCCGCUUUUAGGAGCGAGUUGGUCGAACCAGAUAGUAUAUGCUGAAGCAUUAAUUGUUCUCGAAAGUGCCGCCGGGAACUGUCAACAGAAAUGUGGUUGGGUAGGGAGAUACCCUUUCGUUAGGUCACGUUCGGGUCCUCGCUCUGCUCAUAAACUGAAAGAUCCUGAUAGUUCUCCUUUAUUGCCAAAGAAUGUAUCAUCUUGUACUGCGACUUCAUCUCCAGCUCAGAAUUUGACAGCAGUAAGUUCUUCUGGCAAAGCAUAUAAAUCGAGAAAAACAAAGAUUGCCGAAUCAGUUGGUGGGGACCUGGGCAUACCUACCUUGACACCUUCAAAAACUGCUUAUUAUGAAAAAUCAAGAAAACCAAAGAUAGUUGUUGUAGUUGGUGCUUGCUUAGGUGCAACUUUGCUCGUGGUUAUCACUUUAGUACUUGUGUAUCUUUGUUUGAUGCGCAUCAAAAGAAUCGCUAGAAGAACAUCUGAGUCAGAAUCUUCUGCACCAUCUCUUACCGUUGACUGGACUAGAGAAAGUGGGUCCCCUCAUGCUGUCAAUGUACCUCCGUACGAGGCAAAUGUGAUGAAGUUAACAAUAGCAGAACUGGAGAAUUCUACAUCUAGUUUCAGUGAAAGUCAUGUUAUAGGUGAAGGUGGAUUUGGCUUAGCAUACAAAGGCUUGCUUCAAGACGGGUCUAUUGUGGCUAUCAAGAGACGCAUACAUGACCCCACUCAGACUUUUGUUCAUGAGGUCGAGAAUAUAGGUCGUAUCCACCAUAAGCAUCUUGUAAGGCUUAUAGGUUAUUCUCAAGAAAACCAUCAACAGUUGCUUGUCUAUGAGUUUCUCCCCAAUUGCAAUGUUGGGAAUCAUAUAUAUGACAGUGAAGGUCUUCCCAUAGGAAAGUUAGACAUCCGACAACGAUUGUCCAUUGGUGUUGGUGCAGCUAAAGGACUGGAGUAUCUACAUAGCUUAGUGCCCCCGUUCUUGCACAUGCACUUCAGAACACGCAACGUUCUUGUUGAUGAUCACUUUUCUGUCAAGGUUUCUGAUUUUGGGUUGUCCAAAUUAGUUGUUGAUUCUAAUCGUGCUGGAUCCUCAUCAGCUAUUGACUGCUUUCUUGAUCCAGAGCUGAGAUUGUCAAAUGAUUUUUUCGCAAAAAGUGACGUGUACAGUUUUGGAGUCUUUUUACUUGAGCUAACUAGUGGACGAGAAGCACUUGACAGGAAUCAGUCAGAACCAUCCCAGAAUUUAGUAAGACAGGCCAAGGCGAUGAGAAGUAUAGAUGACUUCGUUGAUGUAAAGUUGAGGGGAAAAUCAGCAGCUGCUGCAGUGCAGCGGAUCAUAAUAUUGGCAUUAAUGUGUGUAGAUACAGGUAGUAGAAGACCAACCAUGAAGAUGGUGUUGAGGGAACUGGAACUGAUCCAAGAAAGCGAAAGUGGCGAUGUUGGUGAGGGACUUAGUGUUGUAACUCUUGGAAGUGAGCUAUUUAAAUAGAAAACUUAGACCUCGAAACUCAUAAUAGUUAACGUUAACCGUCAUUCUUAUAUUGGAUUAGAAUGUGAUUGCUUCAGCAAUAGGGCGCAAAUUGGUUUCUUAAGCUAUUUGUACAAAAACA